UGAACAACACGAGUCCCGUCGCUGAUUCUCAGGACAGCGCGUACGUCAUGUCUACGUCUGCACACGGAAGCACGGAAACUGCACGAUCCUUCUUCGAUGGCAACUCGAAGCCACAAACUCUUCAGGCCAAGCUGAAGCAGACGGGCGACGCGUUGGAGGCGUUUCUCGACGACCAGCGGGGGCGGGGGAGGCCCGUGGUGUGCAUCACCGCCGGGGGCACCGCGGUACCGUUGGAGGCCAACACCGUGCGGACUAUCGACAACUUCAGCACCGGUCGACGGGGGGCCAUUUCUGCAGAACAGUUCAUCGCCAGGGGAUAUGGCGUCAUCUACCUCGGUCGCGAAGGCUGCUCCGCCCCUUUCGCUCGCCGAUUCCAGGAGCUGGUGUCGAACCACGUGGACCUCAAGUUUAUGGACAAGCUCGUGCUUGGCGACACUAGGAGAGUAGAAUUGGGCACGGAAGCAGCAGCUUCGAUGGCAAAGGACGGCAUCGUUUCGGAUAGUGGCGAAACCGUCACGGACGUUGACGAGCGGUUGGUGGAGACCCUGGUGGCCUACAAGGAUGCGGUCGAGAGCAACUCGCUCCUCUCCAUUUCUUUCGUCUCGGUCGAGGAGUACCUGUGGUGCCUUCGGAUGGUGUCUCGAUGCAUGGACAGGAUGGGAAGGCACGGCAUGCUCUUUCUUGCCGCGGCGGUCAGCGACUUUCACAUACCCAGCCACAAGCUGCGCGAGCACAAGAUCGACUCUUCGCGAGGUGUGCGAGGCGAUGCUGCCUCGGGGCUAACCCUGCACUUGGACGAGGUGCCCAAAUGCCUCGGGAUGAUAGGCGAGGAGUGGGCACCCGAUUGCUUCCGCGUGUCGUUCAAGCUGGAGACCGACCUGGAGCGGCUCCUACCCAAGGCACGAGUGGCGCUGAAAAGCUACGGGAUGCACGUGGUGGUUGGAAACGAGCUCCACAGUCGGUACGACAAGGUGGAGCUGAUAUUCCCGGACGGGGUCGAGAGGCAGAUCAACAAGGCCAGAGGCGUUGGGCACGUGAUCGAAGAGGCCCUGGUGGAGGCCCUGGCUCAGGAGCACUUCAACUACAUUGCGGAGGGGGGUAUGGUGGGGAGGGGGGUCGGCUCAUCCCCGGCUUGGCACCGGCAGCGAUCGUUGCUGCACCGAAGAGAGGGGGGGGGGGGG